CAGUCAGAGAGAACUCUCCAUGCACUGAAGCAUAACGCUGAUGCUCUCCUGCUGCUCUGUGAGGAUGUUUCUGUUUGCCAUGGGCUCACUGCUGGUCAUCCUUCAGCCGUCCACUGGGCAGUUCCCCAGAGUCUGUGCGAACACACAAAGCUUGCUGAGGAAAGAGUGCUGUCCUCCCUGGGCUGGAGAUGGGUCCCCUUGCGGGGAGCGUUCCAACAGAGGAACCUGCCAGCGCAUCCUUCUCUCUCAAGCUCCUCUGGGACCACAGUUUCCUUUCUCAGGAGUGGAUGAUAGAGAGGAUUGGCCUUCUGUGUUUUACAACCGGACAUGCAGAUGCAGAGGCAAUUUCAUGGGGUUCGACUGUGGGGAGUGCAAGUUUGGCUUCUCGGGACAAAACUGCACUGAAAGGCGACUCAGAACGAGAAGAAACAUAUUCCAGCUCACCGUCAGUGAGAAGAACAAGUUCCUUGCCUACCUUAACCUAGCAAAGAAUAUCCCUAGCAAGGACUAUGUCAUUGCUACUGGCACAUAUGCUCAGAUGAACAACGGCUCCAACCCCAUGUUCAGAAAUAUCAACGUGUAUGAUCUCUUCGUCUGGAUGCAUUAUUAUGCCUCUCGAGACACACUUUUAGGUGGCUCCAAUGUGUGGAGGGACAUUGAUUUUGCCCAUGAAGCUCCUGGUUUUCUGCCUUGGCAUCGUGCUUUUCUGCUGCUGUGGGAACGUGAGAUACAGAAGAUAACGGGUGAUGAGAACUUCGCCAUACCCUACUGGGACUGGCGAGAUGCAGAGGACUGUGCAAUCUGCACUGAUGAAUACAUGGGUGGCCAACACCCCACCAACCCUAAUUUACUCAGCCCAGCAUCAUUUUUCUCCUCAUGGCAGGUAAUCUGCACUCGAUCUGAAGAGUACAACAGCCAACAGGCUUUAUGCAACGCCACUACUGAAGGGCCUCUUCUUCGAAAUCCUGGAAACAAUGACAAAUCAAGGACCCCAAGGCUCCCGUCUUCAUCAGAAGUUGAAUUUUGUCUGUCACUCACUCAGUAUGAAUCUGGAUCCAUGGAUAAAAUGGCCAAUUACAGCUUCCGAAACACUUUGGAAGGCUUUGCUGAUCCACACACUGCGAUAUCAAACAUAUCUCAAAGUGGUUUGCAUAAUGCCCUUCACAUCUUCAUGAAUGGCUCCAUGUCCCAAGUACAAGGCUCUGCGAAUGAUCCUAUCUUCGUCCUACACCAUGCUUUUGUUGACAG